UUUCAGUCAUAUUUCCAUGAAAUUCUAUAUUAUUAUAACAUUACUAUGCUCUGAAGUCAUUGGAAAAUUCGGAAGAAUCGGUGGGAUUGGAGGGGCAAAGUCUAUUGGACGAGGUGGUGGUGGAGCCAGAUUUGGAGUUGGAAGAGGUGGAGGAGCAUCUACAGUUCGAGGAAGUAGUGUAUAUUCAGGAGGUUUCAGAACUGGUACAAGUGGCUGGAAAACAGGAACAUCGUCUUCUUCAAAUUCAUAUGGAUCGAAUUCAUUUCGUUCAACUAUUUUUGCUUCAUUAUAUUCUCAUGCUCAUUCUCCAAUUUUCUCCCAUAGUUUGACAAAUGCAUUGAUAAUAUCAUCCCUUGCAAGACCUAUUACAUAUGACAAUCGUCAGUACUAUUGGGAUAGUAGAUAUGCUCAAGAGAAAAUCUCACCCACUGAGUUCCCUGUAAUGUGUGAAUAUCAAAUUGGAGAAGAUGAUGGGCAAUUACAGAAUGUCACAUUUGCCAAUGGAUCUCAUGCCAGAUCUCUAUUUUUUGGAUGUCCUGGAUCAAUGCUUGAUUGUUGUGGAAUGUACUGUUGUCAUAAUAUUGGAGAAUACAUAUUCAAAGGUAUUCUGUUUACGAUAAUUGCUGUAUUUGUUGUAUGUGUGAUGUGCUCAUCAAUGAUUGAAGACAAUAGGAAAAAUAAUUUUUUGAGAUGCGGCAAUUCAAGAACAACUAGAACACGAACAGAAACGGAUAUUCCAAUGAUAAAAGUAUCACAAGCAGAAAGUCCAGUUAAAUUAUGACGAUCAGCACCAAAUUACUGAUUAUUUGACAAUCUCUACUACUGGUUGUGUUUAAAAAUCUGAAAUUUUGAUAUCAAUUUGUUUGUAUAUUUUUUAAAUGAACAUUGCUCAAUUUUUA